AUGUGUGAAUCUUUCUUCUUCUCAAAGGAUCCAAUGAAAAUGUCCAUCUGCACGCACGAGAACCGCAAAUCCCGCCUCAAUUCGGCGUCCAUGAACAUCUUUCUGUUCCACAAUUCGUCAUACGCGGACAGUGUCCUGACGCUCCUCAACUUGCUCCGACAGCAGCGUCUCUUCACAGAAGUCCUCCUCCAUGAUUGAAGCCGCUCUUUCCCCUACCACCGUGCUGUGCUGGCUGCAUGCAGCCGCUACAUCCAGGUAAAAACACUUUGCAGCCGACAUUGCAAACGACUGCUGACUGACUGAUGUAAAAAAAAUCACCUUGCAUCAUAAAUAACUGUUCAUUAUUAUUUGUAGAUCAGUCAGUCAGUCACAAUUUACCCACAAUGCAUCACAUAUUUGAUGCUCUCAAACAUGGCCACUUAUUACACUUAUUAUUAAGACAGGGAACUAGCAUAAACAUUUUCCAUAGGAAAACAUGUCACGUUUAGCUGCCAUGCUCUUGGUUUCCAACUCUCUUUGUUCAAGGCCAUGUUCUCUGGCGGGCUGAGGGAGAGCCAGGCCAGCGAGCUGGACUUCAGGGACUCAGUCACCCGGAAGUCUUGGAGCUGCUACUGGACUACACCUACAUGUCCUGGAUGGUGAUCAACGAAGAGAACGCAGAGUCCCUCCUGGAGGCCGGGGACAUGCUGGAGCUCCAGGACAUUCGGGACGCCUGCACGGAGUUCCUGGAGCGUAAUCUGACACUGCCUGGGCAUGCUGCUGCUGUCCGACGCCCACCAGUGCACCAAGCUGUCCGAGCUCUCCUGGGGCAUGUGCCUCAGCAACUUCCCCGCUUCGGCCAUGGCUCGGCCGAACUCAAACACUGCCUCUACGUGGUAGGAGGCCACACGGCGGGUUACAGGCUUCCUACCCGCCUCGCCCUCUGUGUCGCUGAAGCAAGUGGAGAAGUACGACCCGGUGAACAUCAAGUGGUCCAUGGUGGUGCCGCUGAGGGAGGGCGUGAGCAAUGCGGCGGUGGUCAGCAUCAAGCUCAAACUCUACGCCUUUGGAGGAACCAGUGUCACCCACGACAAACUACCCAAGGUGCAGCUCUAUGACCCCCAAGAGAAUCGUUGGCCCGUGCUUGCCUCCUGCCCACAGCCCUGGCGCUCUAGCCCUGCAGCCAUUCUCAACAACCAGAUCUUUGUAAUGGGUGGGGACACAGAGUUCUCGGCAUGUUCAGCCUAUAAGUUCAGCAGUGACAGCUACCAAUGGACUAAAGUUGGAGACGUGACGGCCAAGCGGAUGAGCUGCCAGGCUGUGGCGUCUGGGAACAAACUGUAUGUGGUGGGAGGGUACUUUGGCAUGUAGCGGUGUAAGACUCUGGACUGUUAUGACCCUACGCUGGACGGGUGGAACAGUAUCACUACCGUACCCUAUUCACUCAUCCCCACAGUGUUUGUCUCCACCUGGAAACACCUCCCAGCCUGA